AUGUGCAAUGCUGGAUAUUUACCAAAAGGUCCCACAAUCAGCACAUGCUCCGGCAACGGCCAAUUCUUACCAGAAGCACUUGGUCCUUGUGUUUCGACAUUGCAAGGCGAUGCUCCUGAGCUUCCUUGUCCGGAUCUUAAUGUCGUAGGAGGGACCGUAACAUACAGUAAUGGUGGAUCACUUCCACAUAUAAGCGGUACAAGAGCGACAUUAUUCUGUAACCUCGGCUACGCUCUGUCGGCUCUACCUGUCACGCCAGUGUUGGUACAACAUGGCGGCAUCCCUGCACCCGGAGAAUUUUGCCCAACACCUGUUGCAUCACCGUUUGGAGAGAUCACAUUUUCCAAAAGUUCUAAUGCGAGCGGAUUUCCGCCAGGGACAACCGCGGCUCUGCGUUGCUCCAUGGGCAGACACAUCACGGGACCUUCGUUCGCCACGUGCCAUCGAGGCGUAUUCCGGCCACCCUUAGGAAAAUGUACUGAUGAUAGGGAGAAUGGGCUUCCCGGAGUAUGCCUUCCUUUAGUUCCGCCAGCCAACGGCAGGAUAACUUACAUCCAAUCUGGAAAACUCGAUAACUUCGAAGUGGGAACAACAGCGCUGCUCUACUGUCUAGAGUCAUAUGCAGUUACGGGACAAGCAACAGCUGUUUGUACCAAAGACGGUUGGCAGCCUUCAAGUGGUUUAGGAGAAUGUGACCCUGUAACGAGAACAUUUUGA